AUGAGUGAUGAGGAAAAAGAUGUAACCCAGAGCGAGGAGGAAGAGGUCGACUUUUCGGCCAGCGAAGACGAAUGGUUACCUUCGAAGAAGUCGUCCCAAAAGCAGGGUACGAAGCGUGCCAUCACCGCCACCAGCUCGGAGGAUGAUUCCGAUCUGGAGGACUUCGAAGUGGGUUCAAAAAAGCAGGAUAAAAAGAAGUCGUCGUCCCGAAAAAGACCCACUCCUUCAUCAUCGUCAGCAGCACGACAAACCAGCGGACAAGCCGGAAAAAAGAAACGUCUCUCACCCGGUUUGCGCGAUCGUCUCUAUCAGCAGUACAAAAACGAUCUGCUCAAAGAGUUGCACCCCGCCAAGGCUCCUCUCAACAGCAGCGUGAUGGAUAUUUUACAGAAAUGUCAGUUCAAACGGAAACCCACGAUUGGCGGCGGCGAGAAAAAAUCUGUCGGCGCCGAAGACGAUUACGAUUCCUGCAGCAGUGGCGACGAUCAUCUGGCCGAUCCGGAAAAGCUGGACUUGCGAUCCAAUUUCUUCAACAAAAAAGAAUCCAAACAAGCGAGUGGCAGCGGCGAGGCUGCGGCCGCAGCCACAGCCACAGCCACUGCCACGGCACCGUAUUUCGAUGUGAAUGCCGGCAUGCGACUGUCCGAUAGUUCCGAGGGUGAGGAUGAAGAAAUCGGUGAGGGUCCAUUGCCAGCCUCGAUUCCGAAGCAGGCCGCUGAUAAGCUGAUCAGCCACAUCAACCAGCAGUCGUGUGAAUUUAUGAAUUUUAACAAUCUCGAUCAAUUUACGGCGAAGGUGGAAGAGGCGAAAAGGUUGCUGAUAAACUACCAACAGAGGGAAGCAUCGGAGAAACAGCAGAUGACGGAUGAGCUUACAUCGACUUCUGAGCGGCACCAAGAGAGCGUUUCGAACCUACUGGCCCAAGGUGAGGUGACUGGCGGUAUCUUGCCGGCAAAGGUAACACAAUCCGGCGCUAGCACAGACUCCGAGUGGGAAGAGGUGGAAACUGGGGAAGCCGCAGAUGGGCAGAAAGCUGAAACGAAGAACGAAGAAGGCGGUUGGCAGGUUACGAUCGAGCUUGAUAAUGCUCAAAGCAGGAGAAAACGUAGGGAAGAGCUUGAAAUGGAACUGUACAUUAGGCGACAAAUUAAUAAGGUGAAGCGAGCGAAUCAAUUGAACUAUCACAAGGUUAGCGUGCUGUUGGCCAUCGCUAUUGGGCAACGGUUGAACCGUACCGCUGGCAGUGCCCGUGUCCGGGGUCUAUUGUUAUCAACAAUGAAUGAAACAGACUGUUCGAUAAAAGGAAAAUGGAACACAAUGAGAGUAGCGAAAUUGGCCGACCGGUUUUGUGACGAAUUCACCUUACAAUCUUACGAUAUGGUCGGACCGUCGACGGGAUGUGACACGCGUUUCGCGCUGUCACUCGCGAUUUACACGCGAAAGGUACAGUGUCGUCGGGACUUUAUGCUACUGUUUCUCACAUAUCUACGCCUAGCCGGGGCACAAGCCCGUCUCGUACUUUGCGCCACUGUACCGUCAAAGAGGCCAGCGAUGAGCGAUCUUUGUCCCAUAUCCGAGCGGCAGAUAAAAGAAAAGUUUGAAAAACGCCUAUCGGCUGGUAGCGAAAAGGAGCAAGUUAAAACGGAGAUCGGUUCGACGGUUAAAUCGACUUCACCAAGAGUACCACCAAAUAAAGCAGAUAAAAAUAGCCGAAUAGACGAUCUUAAAGAAGAAGAUGGUUCAAUUAGAACGACAAAGGAAAACUCGGCAGUACCGAGACGGUCGCCCCGUAAUGCUAAGAGAACUGUAGAAAUGUCCCCUCCUCAGAAGCGAAUCACCAGAAAGGCACUAGCAACUCUCAACAUACCACAGCUUGACGGCGGGGAUGAUAUACAGUGCGGAACGGGUCCGAUUAAAUCUUUACGGCGCUCGACACGCGCUAAGUCUGCAACGGAAGCAGCAUCUCCCGGAACAUCCCCAUUCGCGAAGCGACAAUCCAACACAACGAAAGUCAUUCUGGACGCAAAAAGCAUUUCUACGUCGCAAGUAACGACUGCAGCACGAAAAAAAACACUUUUUCCAAAAGAAACAGUUGAAACCGAGCAAACCCAGACGGGUGCAGCAAAACGAAUAACUCGAUCCAGCAGUCAGCAGCAUUCGCAAAACACGGAUGAUGGCACGGCCAACAAGGAACCACCGGUUAAGAGAAGAAUCACACGUCGCCGUGAGCCACCAUCUGAUGAUGAUGAAGCUUUUGAAUUACCCGCUCGAAAAGAGCAGCAAAAAAGCCGCAAGAAACCCACGGCCACGGUAAAAGUAUCACUCAAAUCCAAAAAGGGGCAGGCCAAGGAUCAAAAAGACGAUAACAAUAAUGGAAAAAUUCCGGCAGUUGUCGUAGAAAACAUAGCGAACACAGGCCAGUCAAAGCGAACAAACUUUUCGAUCAAGAAAUCUCGAAGAGCCACAACUCCACAAACAGGAGCCCGAAAGAAAAUCAACUUUCCUGCACCCAACUCGGAUGUUGAUAGCGAUUUCGAUGUAGCAAAGGCAUCAUCAAAUCGUAAACCGAAAAGACAAUCUGCCACCGCAGCGAAAGCUAAGAGAUCGCCCAUCGGCAAGGGGGAACAAGGGGGACCAAAUAGCAACAAGCUGGACCUUUGGAUUGAGUUUUAUUGUGAACAUUCCAAACGAUGGAUCACCUACGACAUUGGAAGCGGAAAGAUAGAUUGCAUCGAUUAUAUUGUGCGAAACGCACCUAACCCGAUUUCGUACGUAUUCGCCUGGAACAACGAGGGCCACGUAAAGGAUGUGACCGCUCGGUACGUUCAAAAGUGGAACACUGCCUGUCGGAUGCUGCGUGUUGAGCAGAGUUGGCUCGAUCGUGCCCUCGCAUCGUUAAUUGGUCCCAAAACCGACCGGGAUCAGCUUGAGGACGUCGAGCUAAACAAAUUCGAUGCAAAUAAGCCAUUGCCAAAGACUAUCGGUGAGCUGAAAAACCACCCUCUGUACGCUCUGCGACGUCAUCUGCUCAAAUUUGAAGCCAUCCAUCCACCGGAACCGCCAACGUUGGGCUUCAUCCGUGGCGAGGCCAUCUAUCCGCGUGAGUGCGUGCAUACGCUUCAGACACGAGAAAAGUGGUACAAGCAAGGGCGCGUCGUUUGCGCCUUCGAGACGGCGUACAAAGUGGUGAAGUGCUGGAAGUACGACCGACCGACCAACACCUGGCUGAAGGAUCAACCGUGCGACCUUUUCGGCCUAUGGCAGACGGACGAGUACGACCCCCCGACGGCGGAGAACGGUAUCGUGCCACGGAACGUGUAUGGCAACGUGGAACUGUUUACGGAGAAAAUGCUACCGAAGCGCACCGUGCACCUCAAGUUACCCGGAUUGAAUCGAGUUUGCAAACGCCUCCGGAUUGACUGCGCUACAGCAAUAACCGGAUUCGAAAUGGCAAAGAUGCGCAUGGUGCCUGUGUACGAUGGGUUCGUAGUCUGCGAGGAGUUUGCCGAAAAAGUGGUCGAAGAGUGGUACAAAGAGAUGGAGGAAGAGGAGCGGCGCGAACAGGAAAAGAAAGAAAAACGGAUAUACGGCAACUGGAAGCGGUUGAUUAAGGGGCUCCUGCUGCGCCGGAAGCUUCAGAACAAGUACAAUUUUGAUAACAUUGCAUAG